UUCGCAGGAAGGUUGUGAAAACCUGCGAGACUGACGUCAAAGAUUAAACCAUCCAAAAUACCGCGAACUGACCUGAAACUGAGCGAGCCGGACGUGUCUCGAAAGCCUUGCGACACAACUCCCGAGUCCAAGUCGCCUUUCGCCCGCAACCCUAUGGGAAGUUUCCUUGAAGACCGUGUGACAUCUGCGGGGCGCGCGGCGCUGCUGUCCACACCGGCUCGUUUGGUGCUGUUGGGGAUUCGCGACCUGCACAUCCAUAUUCCUGUUUAAGGCCCCAGAUACACUAUAUAGAAAGAGCACCAAGUAUUCACCCACUUUGAGAUUUUGGUGUACAUGCAUCAAUGGCAAGAAAUUUCAUUAAGGAAAGUUCAGCCAAGGAAAAUGAGACCUUCCUGAAAAGGAUGGACGUACCAAGCAAGGAGAGCUGGUCACCAGAAAAUGGGCCCACAUCAGUGAGAGGGACCUCGUGCUGUUCCAGUCUAAAGAUGUUCCUUGUAGCCUUGUCCUUUGCCUACUUCUCGAAGGCUUUAUCUGGGAGCUAUAUGAAAAGUACAAUAACUCAGCUGGAAAGGCGCUUUGACAUCCCCAGUUACUUAAUAGGAGUCAUUGAUGGAAGCUUUGAAAUAGGUAACUUACUGGUUAUCGCCUUUGUCAGUUACUUUGGUGCGAAGCUUCAUCGACCAAAGAUCAUUGCUGUCGGAUGUUUGCUGAUGUCACUGGGCACGUUCAUAAUCGCGCUCCCUCAUUUUAUUUCUGGCAGAUACGAGUUUGAAACAUCAGUUAGAUUGUCAGCGAACUCAACAAAUAACCUCACUCCAUGUCUAGCAAGUUCACCUAAUGUGCUAGUGGGCGACCAGAACUCUACAGUGCCAAACACAGGCUGCGAGAAUGAGUCCAAGUUGUCCAUGUGGAUCUAUGUGUUACUGGGGAACAUCUUGCGUGGGGUCGGUGAGACCCCGAUACAGCCUUUGGGGAUCUCAUACAUUGACGAUCAUGCUCUGGAGGACAAUGCAGCCUUCUAUAUUGGGUGUGUUCAGACGAUAUCGGUCAUUGGUCCAGUGUUUGGUUACCUGCUUGGAUCCCUUUGUGCAAAAAUAUAUGUGGACAUUGGAUUUGUCAACAUGGAGGCCAUUAGCGUCAUCGCACCAGGAGAUGCACGCUGGGUAGGCGCAUGGUGGUUGGGUUACCUCAUAGCAGGGUUCAUCACCCUUGUGUCAGCAGUGCCCUUCUGGUUUCUACCCAAGUCUCUCCCUGUGUCAGAGGGACGACUAGCCAAAUGCUCUCCUGAGCGGACCAGCUUCAUUAAGGAGUCUCCUGUCCUGGACCACAAGUACCAGGCAGAUGAGCAAGCCAGCUUCUUAAGAUUGGCCAAAGACUUUUUGCCAACACUGAGAUCUCUCCUUGGGAACCCAGUCUACAUUUUGUACCUCUGUGUUACUGUCAUCCAGUUUAACUCUUUGAUAGGAAUGGUGACAUAUAAACCGAAAUACAUAGAACAACACUACGGACAGUCAGCAUCCAAAGCUAACUUCUUGAUGGGUGUGAUCAACAUCCCAGCUGUCGCCUUGGGAAUGUUCUCAGGGGGCGUGCUCAUGAAGAAACUCAAGCUGAGCAUCAUGGGAGCAGCCAAGUUUGCCCUGGGAACGUCUUUGUUGGGCUACUUUCUGUCUCUUUUCUUUUUUGCCAUGGGUUGCGAGAAUGCCAAAGUGGCUGGCAUCACUGUGCCAUAUGACAGAAUGGGCAGCCUCUCCCUUAAGAACAGCACACUCUUUGUGGAGUGUAAUAAAGACUGCAUGUGCUCAGGGACGGAAUGGGACCCAGUGUGUGGUGAGGAUGGUCUCACGUAUGUCUCGCCGUGCUUGGCUGGGUGCCGGAUGUCACGUGGCUCUGGAGUGGACACGGUGUUUGAGCAUUGCAGUUGCGUGGCAGGAGGAAACCUAACAGCCUCUGUGGGUCAGUGCAGACACAGGGAGAGCUGCCAGCGAGUCUUCCCCUACUUCUUGGCUCUAUCUGUCAUCACUUCCUUCAUCAUCUCCUUGGGCGGUACACCAGGAUACAUGCUGCUCAUCAGAUGCAUCAGGCCACAGCUGAAGUCUUUAGCUUUAGGAUUUCACACCCUGACAACACGCACUCUAGCUGGCAUCCCAGCCCCUAUAUACUUUGGAGCAAUCAUUGACACUGCCUGUCUGAAAUGGGGCCAUAAGAAGUGCGGUGGAAAAGGAGCUUGCAGAAUCUACAAUACAACUGCCUACAGGAUAGCAUAUCUGGGCCUAACACUGGGCCUGAGGACAGCCUCCUUCUUCCUGUGUGCUCUGGGUCUUCUGGUCUUACAGCGGCACGUCAAAAGGCAGGAGAGCGGCGUGCUUUCUAAUGGCAACACUGGUAGCACUGUUGCAGAACUGCAAGCACUUAGAAAAGAGGAGACCAAUAACUCGAACUCAGACCAGUCCCCACGGACCUCAGACUAUGACCCUGAGCGGGAGACACGCCUGUGACACACGCACUCCAGUCAGCCAGCCAUGCAGGGAACCAUCCGGCUGUGCCCGUGUUUGUUUUUUCAGCAUAAAAAUAUUGAGUAUAAAAUUAUUUCUACCAGACGAUGUGAAGUACAGAAAUGUCUUGUUUUGACAUUUUGGAAUUAGCUCUUGAAUCCACAUUCUGUUUUACAAAAAAAAAAUGAAAAAAUGUAGCAAAGAAUUCUGGGGGGGAGGAGGUGUGGGAGUCAAUGAGUUUUAUAAACAAGCUUUUUUAUUUGAAUGUGGUCAAUUGUAGAGAAGUCUUGUUUUGUCUGUAUUUUUCUAAAUACUAAAAUUAAUGUACUGCUUUGUGAGUGCAGUAUUUGGAUGGUGGAUUAAAUGCCAUUUAGGGCUGUAAUUGA